AUGGCCGCCUCCUUCACAUGCCAUCGAGCUAUGCUGCCCGGCGGCAAUCCUCAUAUAAGCCACACUCAUCACGGGAGCCACUCAAUCCAUGUAGAUGAAGCUGCCCUCGCUUCGUCUAUCACAACAACUACCUCGACGUCCACAAUAAGUUCUCCUACUACCUUCAGUCUCACACCUGGCUAUGAUCAACCUGCUCCGUAUCUGGCAGUCUCAACUGUGCCAUCCCUCCAUAUCACUACAAGAGCUAUCUCACCCUGCUUAAGCGAUAUCUCAGACACCAAGACCUUUUACAGUACCGUAGAGGUCACGGAGAUUCCUGCGGAUGCAUGCGAUCCGCCUACACCGUUGGACGUGACUUCGAAUGAGUGCUUGGACCAGAUGGAAACCAGCUUGAGUCGUCCAGUCAGGCAACCAGAUACGGCGGCGGUGACGCCUUCAACCCCUUCCUCGGAUAGGCAUCGCACGCCCAAAAGGAAACGAACCGUGUCGCCGCCGUCCUCCUCGAAAUCUCCUGACCAUCAUCGCUCCACAUCUCGAAGCACUCGCCGCUCCGCCCCUACCAGUCGCCGCAGUUCUUUGCAUUCGCACCGACGUGCAGCAACCACUUCUCUUACACCGUCCAUCGUUGAUCGAAAGGAUCCAGUGGCCAAGCGCGAAGACCUUCUGGCCCUCCAUCGCGAGUCCUGUCGACUGUUCCAGGCCGACGAGAUACAACCAUCCUGCUUGCAGGAAAGACGCUCUCCCCCAGCAUCCCUUCCUUACAUGACAUCUUGCGCACACCGAACAUCUUCUGAAUUCAGUUCACCGCCAGCUUCGCCCAUUGUCUACACCCGUCUCUCCGCUGCAGCUCGAGAAAAUGGGCCGGACUCCAGCCAGAGCCCCAGCCAUCCGACUUAUGUACCCACCACCGAUUCGAGAGCCGACGGCCCUCCAAAACAGGUGACGGCGACGGUGAUCGACUGGACAUCACCAUCUACUCGCAGGCGAGAAUAUGAGAAAAUCGAUCGAGCCAGCACCGGUGUCCGUGGAUUCUGGCGACGAGUGGCACCCCGGUGGUGUCAGUUCGGGGACAAUCGCAUGCCGUUCUUCGAAGAAGGGAAGAACGGUAAGGGCAAUUAUGAGGGCAGCGUCCGGAGGUUUCGAAUGGACUUGCCAGAGGAGCCGGCCGAUGCGACGGGGCAGUCGAGAUCCCGUCGCGGCCUGAAGUUCAAGCAGAAGUUGAUCGUGCAUAGAUUUGGCGCUCGGCGGAGUACAUGUUAG